GCGAGUCAGGGGGCCCUCCCAACGCAAGGUCACAGGCCAUUCAAAACCCCGUUCUCGGCCACCUCCCCACAUGCGACAGACCUCUCACCGCCUCUACUUGGUAACAAUUUAUGCACGAGCAAGCAAGCCGUCGUUGAACUGGGUUCUGUUCUUCUACAUAAAAUCGUCGAACGUUCCGCUCCUUGAACUCGAGCCUCUUGCCACAGGUCCGGUUGGCUGUACUCUACUCCACUCGCGUGCCCCUCCCUUCCUAGCGCUGCAGAGCGCCGAGUUCUUGGGGCGCGUUCUGUCUACGCUUUUCUUUCCGACCGCGUUGCCGAGUCCAGCCAACAGCCAUUUCGAAGCGACUUGUGUGGCCGCAUUAAUUGGCCAACUGGAUCAAUAUUCUCGCCAAUCUACUUGAGUAGGGGCACGAUGGACUGGCCCGUAACCGUCGGCGUGCUAGCCGUCGUGCUCCCGUCACUGUACGUCUACACCACUUCCGUGGUCUCGGAGCGCUUCCCGGCCGUGCGCAACAAACGCGUUUGUCUCCUUAUUGCGCACCCUGAUGACGAGGCCAUGUUCUUUUCGCCUACCGUCAUGGCGCUUGCCAGGCCAGACACGGGAAACCACGUCAAGAUCCUCUGUCUGAGCAGUGGCAACGCGGAUGGCCUCGGCGAGACACGGAAGCAAGAACUCGCCAAGUCGGGCCUGAUCCUCGGGCUGCGCUCGGCGGACGACGUCUUUGUCGUUGACAAGCCCGAAUUCCCCGAUAGCAUGACGGCAAAGUGGGACAGCGGCGACAUCUCGGCCCUGCUCUGCUCGGCCUUCGCGCCCAAUAUCGCCCGAUCGCGGAACAGCGACACGGCCCCGGCCGCCGCCAUUGACGUGCUCGUAACGUUCGACGCCGGCGGCGUCUCCGGCCACCCGAACCAUAUCUCCUUAUACCACGGAGCCAAGACUUUCAUCGCGGAGCUGGUGGCCGGCAAGCCCGGCUGGAAGCCACCCGUCGACCUCUACACCCUCACAACGGUGUCAUUGGGGCGGAAAUACAUUGGGUUUUUGGACGUGUUGACCACUCUCGCUAGCUGGGCCAUCGGCGCUGACAAGAAGGACAAAAAGCGCCCUGGCGGACUCGUCUUUCUCAGCAGCCUCCUGGGGUACGGUGGCAUCACGACCGCAUGGAGAGCCAUGGUUUCAGCGCACAAGAGCCAGAUGGUCUGGUUUCGGUACGGCUGGAUCUCCCUAAGUAGGUAUAUGUUUAUCAACGACCUGAGGCUGGAGAAGAUCAAGGGUCGGCCUUAAAAGUCAAGACCAAGAACCGUCCCUCAUUCGCAUACCCUGCGGGGUUUCGCUUCGUUGGGCAUUGGAACACAUGUAAAUGUCUUACACUGACCCUGAAUGCAAAACUC